AUGAAACGGUCUCGUUUCUUACUAGAAUUGGCGGCUCAAGAUCAGACGGGAUAUGUGAGUGAAGGAAUUGAAGUAAUCAGAAAUGAUUCAGUAUGGAAAAAUAAUGAUGAAGACUCAAUAGUAUUAGCUUCAGAAAGUGAACAACUUUACGAAGACUCCGGUUCAGAAUAUAUUCCACCAGAAUCAGAGGAUUACAAAUUUCCAAAAAGGCCUAAUAUACUUAAAUAUAAUGUUGAACGGAGUGUAUCGCCAGGAAUGAGACCAAAUCAAUCGAAAAUUAAUGUGAUUGAAAACGUUUUAUUAACUACUAUAGAUAACAAGUGCCUACCAUCAGAAACAAAAGUUGUAAAUUACUUGAAAAGUAUGAGAGGAUCAGAAGUUACAGAAAAUAAAGAAAACUUUGAGAUGCCAUUUUAUGAGGACGAUGACCUUACUCCGCCAAAAUCAAAAAAUUUAUGCCUAUUGCAAAAUGCAGAUUUAUCUGAAAAUCCAAGUGGACAAAUGAUUCUAGAAAAACUUGUUUCAAAGGAUCCUUAUAAUCCAGAAGAAAUUGUUGACAAAGCCGGACCUUCUUUUUUGAACCAUUCAACAGAUAAAACAAUUAAAAGUAAAUGUUAUGAACCAGAACAUAUUAAUAUCCAGAAUCAAGCAAACAAUGCACUGCCAGGGACUUCAUUUAAUAUAACCAAUUACAAUAAUAAUUACGAGUACAAGAGGAAGUCAUCUGCCAGAGAAAGACCAACAAUUUGUCCCAUUUGUUUUGGUGAUGUAACUACACAUUUUACCAGACAUUUGUUCAGACAUCACUCUAAUAAUCAACAAGUUAUUCAAAUUAAAAACCUGCCGCCGAGAAGCAUAGAACGAUUGUCGAUGGUGUCUGCUUUAAGAAAACAAGGGUACUUUCAUUUGAAAACCGAAAAAAAUUUAACAAAUCCUGUAAGAACUUCCAGUAACCCCGAAACGGAAUAUUUUGCAUGCAUAUAUUGUCUAGGGCAUUACUCAAAAACGCUUUUAUAUAAACAUGUAAAAGUUUGCAAACAAAAACCAAUCGGUGAAACAAAUCCUGGGAAAAGAUGUUUAACUAAAAGCCAAGAUUUUUUGGUGUCGAUGAUUUCUAAAAAUCAAGAUUUUUUGAAAGCAGCACGGCUAAAAGAAGAAGUAUUUACCAUUAUGAGAGCAGAUAAUAUAAGUUUAGUUGCAAAAAGCGACACACUUAUUUGUUUAUAUGGUGAACACCUUUUGAACAAACACAAAAGACAACAAAUCUCUACACACAUAUCUAAUAAAAUGAGGGAAAUGGGAAGACUUUUAAUAGCUCUUAAAACUAUCGAUAAAUCAAUUGUGGGACUUUUUAGUGCAAUGAAACCAGAAUGUUUCCAAAAUCUUAUAACUGCAACUAAGGAAAUAAGUUCCUAUGAUCCUGUGGAGAAGUGCUACAAAGCUCCGUCAUUAGCAUUACAUAUGGGUACCAAUUUAAAAAUAAUGUGUAAUGUUGCCCUAAAACUAGUAAUUGAGAAGAAACAAUUACCUAAUAUUACAUGGGAAGAUAGGAAUAGAAAAAAAGAAGAAAUAAAAGAUCUUAGAAAAUUAAUUCAGGGUCAUUGGUGUAGUGAAGUUUCAAGCAUAGCUUUAAAGGUGUUAAAUGAACGCCAAUGGGAAAAACCUACAACUCUUCCAUUAAGUGAAGACAUACAAGCAUUUCAAACUUACGUACAUAGUUUGGCAAAUGCUGCAUAUAAUGAACUGUUAGAUAACAUCAACAUUAACGUAAAUUAUAAGAUAUUAACAGAGUGCGUUUUAGCACUAACUGUUGCAUUUAAUAGAAAACGUAUUGGCGACGUACAAUAUCUCAAAAUAUCCACUUACAACAGAAUUCUCGAUAUUACAAAUGAAAAUGCUUUUCUUGAAUCACUAACAACUGUUGAAAAAGUAUUAAGUCAACGAUUCAAAAGGGUAGUUACUGGAGGCAAGGGUUCUAAAUGUAUAGCAAUUUUAUUUUCUCCCCAAAUUCAAAAAUUCAUAACAUUAAUGUUAAAAAUUAGAGAGCAAGCAAAUGUUGUACCCACUUCUAAUCCAUACAUGUUUGCGAAUCCUGGUUCGGCAAAUAGAUGGAUGGCAGGAUACCACGUAAUUAGAAAAUUAGCUGCAGCAUGUGGUGCAAAACGCCCUACCCUCUUAACAUCAACCAGAUUUAGAAAACAUAUAGCGACAACUUUGCAGCUUAUGACAAUGGAUGAUAGCGAAAUGGAACAAAUUGCUACAUUUAUGGGACAUACUAAGAAAACUCACUCUGAAUUUUACAGGCUACCACAAAAUAUAUUUCAAACAGCCAAAGUUGCAAAGGUAUUGAUGUUACUGGAAAAAGGUAAAGGAAAAGAGUUUAAAGGAAAAUCAUUAUCAGAACUUGAAUUUGAAAACGAUGUUUACAUUAGUUCUGAAUCAAAUGACGAAGAAGAUGUUUCUGGCUUGACAGAUAUUGCAGCAGAACCUUCAAAAUUAGAUGAAACUGGCGCUGAACAAGAGGAAAAUGAUGAAUACCAGGAACCCUGUAUUAAAAAGGGUCGAAUCCGAUGGAGUGCGCAAGAAAAAAAUAUUGUAAAGCUUCACUUCAAACAUCAUAUUGAGGAAAAAAUAACCCCUAAAAAAGAAGAAUGCGAGUUAUUCAUUUCAAAAAAUAACAAGAUUUUCAAAAAUAAGGACUGGGUUCGAAUAAAAACAUUAGUUUAUAACACUUUUAGAUUGAACACAUAAUAAUGUAUGUUUACCGAUAGUUGAGAG